GGACGAUGUGUCAUGGUUCAAUUUUCAAAUCUGGAUUUAAAUAGUACGCGCUUGGUGACCCUGUUUAUCGGCUGUCAUUUUCCGUAUAUAAACAUCAAUGGCGGGGAGAGUGUGUCUUUCUCCAUGGACCGUGCUUUAUCUCUCUGUCUUCCUAUCGACAGCAUCAUGCGCUACUUACUACUUUGUCCACGAGGCGGUGAUAUACGACGCGGCGGAUCUCUACUGCUCCCGCCAGUUCGGGGGCGGAUCCAUGUCUGGUGUGUCUGACGACUUUGACUGGGACUGUGUUCCACAGAAUGUCUGGUUCUGGACCAACAAUGACAAGUACUGCAAAUUAAAUAAAUUCAAUAAACCAAUAUGCAAGAACAUGAGCUUUAUUCAUCAUCUUGGGAUUGGUAAACGCGCCUUCAUCUGUAGAACAGAGUCAGACCUGGACUAUGAUGACCUGGACUAUCAGGGAGAUGAGAUCACACUCUGCCUCAGCACCACGCCUCACCCAGACACAACCACAGCGCCCAGCACCCCCACCCCGGGGAAUUCUUCUCUAGUGUCCAACUCCACCACACAUAGAAGUUCCGAUGACGCAGAUCACGGUUGGGUGGCUGGUGUAGCAUUAGGUAUCAUCGCAGUCCUUGUAGUUAUUGGCUGUGCUGUGUUCUUCUUCGUCAAAAGAAGAAAACGACCCACAACGAAAGAAAAUGGCUGCGUUGAUUCUGAGAGCGGACACACGGUUGAGAGAAGUGAGACGAUAACGAGUAGAUUAGGCUCUGCCGUUCAAAAGUGUAGACAAAAACUCCAGAGAAGCUCCCCAUCGAGGGACUACGAAAUGCCAGACGUUCACAGACCGGAAAGAGAGUACGAUCAGCUCAAUGUGCCAAUGCUUCCGGCGGAAAUAGUUUACGCAGAACCAACAGCGCCCUAUACCGGAAGUGUAGAGCAAGAUGAGUUAGGUUACCUCGUGUCACAAGGGAGUGAACUCAAUGAGUACACGUAUAUUGAUACAACGGGUGGGGACACGGAGGAGAGCACAGGGGGCUCCGCGCACCCCCAGGCCGGGAUGGACUGUGAAAACCCUGUGUAUGAGGACAUGAGUAAGAGGGAAGUGAUAACGGCGAACAGUGAUAAACCGAAGGCGGACAAAGACUCAAAGCCAAAAGAAACCGGUGCUGCUGGAGCUAUAACCAGAAAACAUGAAUACCUGAACUCGCCCGUGAUAGGGAGGUUAUUGACAGAAGAACAGAAAGGCGUUCAAACUAAGCAGAAGAAAGUUGAUAUAAGUAUUGUAAAUGGGACUUACGAUGAUAAACUGUGUACUUCCUCAGCAUCAUCACGUGAUACACCGCUUGCAAAAGCGCCCGGUGAUUCAAACGUCUCUCCAACGGACGAUAACUCCGAGUCCCUCGCCAAAAAUGUGAAAGGCAGCAACAUUAGAAACAUUAUUUUAAAACUUCAAGGUGCAACGGAUGCUUAGUGAAUAGUUAUAAAUGACAUCUUUAGAGGACAGAUUAUUAUUAACAAUAGAACUGUGAUAUAUUUAAGUAUUAAAAUAUUUAAUUGUUAAG